AAAAUGGCGGCAUUCAGUAUACACCCCUGCUAAAGGCUCUCCCCCCCGGGCACCGGGGCCACCUCGCGCAGCGCUGCUUUUGCUUCUGCCGCUAACAGAUGGCAUGUGCCACUGUCGCUGCUGCUGCCCCUACCGCUGCCGCUGAGAGCAGGGCCCCUUAGCCUCUGGGUUUGCGCUAGCAGCAUAAGGUUCUGAAAAGUGCCUUUUCUGAAAACUCUGCUGCUUGGAUUCUACUCUAGAGCUGUCUCUUUAUAAACCUCUCUCCCUGCCAUACCGUUCCCAAACCUCUCCCCGCCCCCCGAGACCUGGUGUGCUUGUAGUUCACUGUCAGCAAUUUGUCCGUUUCUUUUUUUCUGUGAUUCUCAGUUUUCUUAGUCAUUUUCCCUCCCCUUGAUUUUGUAUCAAAACAUUUUUUGGGGUUCUAAUAUCCUUCCCAAUCUUAUUUUUUAAAGCUAAGAAAUAGGGAGAAAAACCUUUCUCCCCCCGCCGGCCCCCGAUCUGAGACCAUUCCACAAAUUGAAGGGCAGCCAGCAGCAUAUGCUUUUUGCAAAAAUAAUUGAAAACAUCAACUGGAGAGCACAGAGUUCUUUUGAAAGUCUGCCAGUUAUUGGAAGUAAAUUCGGCAAAGGAACAAAAUAAAACAUUCAAUAUUUUAACCUUUACAGUUGCCUUCUUAGGAGUUGGUCUCUAAUCUGAUUUUUAGUUAUUCCGAUAACAAUUUUUAUUUUAUGAUUGGCUUUUUGCUCAACUAGACCAGAUUUGACUUAAAUGAAGACCUAAAUACUAACAAAUAGACAUUUCACCAAAGCAAGCUGUUAUCUCUUCACAUUUAGCUUGAAUUCAUUUUUAAGCCUUUAGCAAUCGGCAGUAAUAUUGUUCUAAAGAGGGUGUACUUGAUUUUAAUUUUGCUUUCAAUAUGACGGCUGUCAAUGUUGCCCUGAUUCGCGAUACCAAGUGGCUGACUUUAGAAGUCUGUAGAGAAUUUCAGAGAGGAACUUGCUCUCGAGCUGAUGCAGAUUGCAAGUUUGCCCAUCCACCAAGAGUUUGCCAUGUGGAAAAUGGUCGAGUGGUGGCCUGUUUUGAUUCUCUAAAGACCAUUCCAGUUCAAGAAUGGAAACUUAUUAUUGUAAAGAUAAAGGGUCGGUGUACUCGAGAGAACUGCAAGUACCUUCACCCUCCUCCACACUUAAAGACGCAGCUGGAGAUUAAUGGACGGAACAAUCUGAUUCAACAGAAGACUGCCGCAGCCAUGUUCGCCCAGCAAAUGCAGCUUAUGCUCCAGAACGCUCAAAUGUCAUCACUUACUUCUUUUCCUAUGACACCAUCACUUGCAGCUAAUCCUGCCAUGGCUUUCAACCCUUACUUACCUCAUCCUGGGAUGGGCCUGGUUCCUGCCGAACUUCUACCAAACACACCUUUUCUGAUUGCUGGAAACCCACCUCUCGCAUUGCCAGGAGCUCCUGUUCCAAAAGUGAUGCGUUCAGAUAAACUGGAGGUUUGCCGAGAAUUUCAGCGUGGAAAUUGUACCCGUGGGGAGAACGAUUGCCGCUAUGCUCACCCUACAGAUGUUUCCAUGAUUGAAGCAAGUGAUAAUACUGUGACAAUCUGCAUGGAUUACAUCAAAGGUCGAUGCUCCCGGGAGAAAUGCAAGUACUUUCAUCCUCCUGCACACUUGCAAGCCAAACUCAAGGCAGCUCAUCACCAGAUGAACCAUUCAGCUGCCCCUGUGAUGGCUCUACACCCUGGUGCACUGCAACUGAUACCAAAGAGAUCGGCACUUGAAAAGACCAAUGGUGCCACCCCGGUCUUUAAUCCCAGUGUUUUCCACUGCCAACAAGCUCUGGCUAACCUACAGCUCCCACAGCCGGCAUUUUUCCCUGCAGGGCCAAUACUGUGCAUGGCACCCGCUUCAAGUAUUGUGCCCAUGAUGCACGGUGCUACACCUACCACUGUGUCUGCAACAGCAACACCUGCCACCAACGUUCCCUUCGCUGCAACAGCUACAGGCAAUCAGUUGAAGUUCUGAACAGCAGAAUUAUGGAGUAUCGGAAUCUCUCCGUGAGAACCUCUGUAUGGCCUUUCUACAUAUAUUCUCGUAUGUCCUCUUCUACCAACACAACAAUCAGUGUGGUGCAGUCAAUAUAUUAAGCAAAGCAAAGAUACUAGCCAAAAAAUUCAGAUAAAAAAAUAAAGCAUUAAAAAUCAA